CCCAAAAAAUCCAUUGCGUUCAAUCUGACAAAAUCUGAGCUAUCAUCAACUCCCUAUCCCCCUAUACAUACAUACACAAUCACAUACAUAUAUACACACAAACGCCGCACGCUCCCCUCAAUUCAUUACUACGUUCUUUCUCAAUUCUCACAUCCAUGGCUUACAAUAACGAUCCGUACCGCGAUGAAGAUGGGGAGCCAUUGAUGGACUUAGAUGAUGCGUAUCAAUCCGAUCAAGAACCGCAGCCGGAGACUUUAGUUGAUGACGUUGACGACGCCGAUUGGCGCCGCCGGGAGCGAUCUCCGACGCCGGUUUAUAAUGAGGAUUCCAAGUCAAAGCCGCGGAAGAGGUUGAUUAAGAAGAGUGGUGGCGGGGAUGAGGCGGUGCCGGAUUUUGGGCUCGGGGAUGAUGAUUUGGAUGAUCCGGCGGCGGGUGUGAGGGAUGAGUCGGAUGGGGAGUAUGCGAAUGUUGGGGAGAAGAGGAGUGGGGGGAAGGAUAAGAGGGAGAAGAAGAAGGGGAAGAUGGAGAGGAGGGAGAAGAGUGGGGGAGAGAGGAGGGAGAAGUUUAGGGUUAAGAAGAGGAGUAGAGAUGAUAAGGAGGUUAAGGAGAUGUGGGAUACUAUUGCUGGUGGCGAUUCCGAGGAUGAUCAAGAUGGUGUUAAAAUGGCGGAUGACGACAACUUUAUAGAUGAUACUGGAGUUGAUCCUGCUGACCGCUAUGGAAGUGAUAAUGAACCACAUUCUCCUGGGAAUGCUCCUCAGGCAGAGGAGGGUGAGGAGGAUGAUGAAAUGAAGGAUCUCUUCAAAAUGGGCAAGAAAAAGAAGAAAAGUGAGAAAAGUGCUGCCGAGAUUUCGCUGCUAGUUGAAAAAGUCAUGGCUGAGCUGGAAAUAUGCGCUGAAGAAGAUGCCAAACUGAACAUGUUGUCCAAGCCUGCCAUAAACAAACUUAAGAAGCUCCCUCUUCUUACAGAAGUCCUUUCCAAGAAACAACUACAACAAGAAUUCCUGGAUCAUGGAGUAUUAACUCUUUUAAAGAAUUGGCUUGAGCCUCUUCCAGAUGGGAGCUUACCCAAUAUUAAUAUCCGUGCAGCAAUAUUGAAGAUAUUGACUGAGUUUCCAAUUGAUUUAGAGCAGUUCGAUAGAAGGGAGCAGUUGAAAAAGAGUGGUCUCGGGAAAGUCAUCAUGUUUCUGUCAAAAUCUGAUGAAGAGAUCACAUCAAACAGGAAAAUUGCCAAGGAUCUAGUCGACAAAUGGUCUCGACCAAUAUUUAAUAAGAGUACAAGAUUUGAGGAUAUGAGAAAUUUUGAUGAUGAGAGAGCACCCUUCCGAAGGUCAUCAGGGAAGAAGCCAAUAAAUAAAGCUAGUGGGAUGCAAUCAAGAGAUGAUGAUUUUGAUUUGGCUGAAUUUUCACAGGAAUCCAAGUCUAGCCAGUCAUCUUCUAGGCAGCAUGCCUCGAGGCCUGAGGCCAUGCCACUGGAUUUUAUGGUGCGCCCCCAAUCCAAAAUUGAUCCAGAUGAGAUUCGGGCCAGAGCUAAACAAGUCGUCCAUGAUCAGCGUCGCCUUAAGAUGAAUAAGAAGUUGCAACAGCUUAAAGCCCCUAAAAAGAAGCAGCUCCAAGCUACAAAGCUCAGUGUGGAAGGUCGGGGCAUGGUGAAAUACCUGUGAGGCCUAACUUAGUGUCCCCCGAGGUGUUUGGUAGAUUACCCUGCAAAAAGAAUGUAGCAGAUGCACCCGAAUGAUUCAUUACCGUUAUGGGUGAAUAUGCUGUUGUACGAUACCAAUAAGCUGUAUCAGUUUUCUGCUUCAUGGCACAACCUUUUUGGAUGGCAAGAGUUGCUGGGAUCAAGCUCUACCAUAGUACCCCUGUAUACAUGAGAGGGGGAGGAAUUGGUCAACGUACAAAUGGGAGAAAACUAAUUUUCUUUUGAAUGUAAGCCUUUAUUUAAUAAGUUAAAACUGCUUUUUUCCCCUUCCAAAUAACGCUUAGUUUGGAUCCUUAAAUUGUACUAAAGUGUUUUCGUAGUUGUGGGUUUGAGUAGUUUUGCUUCAUUCUUGAACUAUUAAAGAUGCCGCCGGGAUUUUCUGUCAAUUUUAUUUUUGAUCGC